AUGGAGGCGCAAAUUCAGCAAGCGGUUGAGAUUGCCUCGGGCUACAGCAACGAUAAUAGCUUGAAACAACAAGCUUUGGAGUUCAUACAGCAAUUCAAAUCAUCAACUGAUGGGUGGAAACACUGUCUAACCAUUUUGAAUUCGGCUACUGUUUUUGAUGAAAGGGUCCCUACGUUAUCAGAUGACGAGAAAAUUGUUCUAAAGGAUGCUGUAUACUCUUACUUGAAGUACAUCAUUACUAAGGGUACGAUUGAGCCAGUAUUUCUUAGGAAUGCAGUUGCGAAGACUCUUGGUCUUUUAUUUGUUCACUGCACUUUGACUUGUUACCCGACAAUCAUUAAAGAUCUUUUGGGAAUGGCUUCACAGGCUGAUGGUAAUUUUAAUGCUUUGGCAACAGAUUAUUAUGUGAAGACCUUAGUGAUUAUUCAUCAAGAAAUCGGAGAUCAGAUGAUAAUUAAGGAUAAAAAUGACAUCCAGAGAUCUAGCCUUCUCAAGGAUCAUAUUAGAGACAAUGAGAUGAUUGAUAUGGUUAGAUCAUGGAGGCAGGCUCUUGGCCAUUUUUCAUCACCUGAAACUGUGGAUUCUUCGAAUGAUAUAGAGACCAAAGCACUUUUUAGAGAAAUCGUCAUCGGCAUAUUGACGGCCAUAGGAUUUUAUUCAUCAUGGAUAGAGAUUAAUCUUAUUCUCGAUCAAGAAUUUCUUUCACUUUUUUAUCGAUGCCUUACAAGUGAUGAUAGUAAGAUUCAGAUAGAAGCAACAAACACCUUUAUUAACAUACUUCACAAGAAAAUGCCACCUGCCAAGAAGCUUGAAUUGAUAACAUUUUUGCAUUUAGGUAGUUUCUUGAACCAGAUGCAGCUUGACGUCAAGAAUGUAAAAUUUGAAUUUGCACAGGCUCUAGCUCGUCUUUGCCGUGAGCUUGGUAUUGAAUGUGUCCAGGUUUUGGAAAAAAGCAGUCACGAGGAACUCAAGUAUGAUCAAUUUAGGAACACGUGCGUUUCAAAAAUACUUGAAAUUAUGCCAUUAAUUUUCAAGUUUCUAGAGAACGAAUACGAUGAUCUAUCACUCGAGGUCUUUCCAUUUAUUGGGGCAUAUCUUUUAUUUUUGGAGAGGAACCUUGUUAAUGAAGAUCUUGACUUUUCAGCGUUGGAUAACGAUCAAAUUCUGACCUCAUUAUUAAAUAAGAUUAUUCUCAAGAUGAGAUAUGACGAUAGUGAUGAUGGUGAUGACGAAGAAUCAAUUGAGCUCUUCAAUGAUGUGCGUUCAAAACUUGCAUCUUUUCAAGAUUCGAUUGUGGUCAUAAAUGAUACACUUUCUUUGGAUGUUAUGAUAGAAAUAAUUAGGGAUAUUGAAUUAGGCUUAUAUCAGCUGAAUUAUUACAGUGAGAUGCUUAGAAAUAACAAGAUGAAUCUUCCAAAAACUAUGAUAAAUUCAUCUAGACCUUAUUUUGUGUUUAAUGAGAUGUUGUGUAAGAUAGUGGAUAAUUCAACAACUAUCCUUGUUAGUCAUCCAUUAAUUCAACUUCUGUUUUUUGAAUUAAUAAUGAAACAUUACACUUUCUUCACAAAUUCAAAUAUUCAGGUGGAAGGAGUCAAUAAAAAUGAGACACUACUCAAGGUUCUUAAAAUAUUUGUUUCAAACUUUGGCGUUUUCAGCGAGAACCCGAAGGUGAAGUUUCGUACUUGGUAUCUUUUCUACAGGUUCAUUAAAUUGACUCGUCCGCAAGUGGAUGAUUACGUGAUUAUUGAAUUGGUGAAGAGUGUGACAACACUUUUAGAUUUUGAUUUCUCUAUUACGGCAAAUAAGAAUAACUCUGAUUUACAUGACGUUGAUUUGACGUUAGUGGAGGAAUCUGGUAGCUUUGAGAAUCAAAUGUAUCUUUUUGAGGCGAUUGGAAUUCUUGUUACUUUAACUAAUGACGAGAAUAAGGGAACUAUUGUUUUGCAAGGUGUUUUACAACCACUUUUCUCUAAUUUGGAGAAAUGCAUAAAUGCUAUUGACAAUAUUAAUCUUGAACUUCUUUUACAAGCACAUCAUUCAUUGCUUCUAAUCGGAACGUUAGUAAAGGGAGUUGAAGGCAUUAGGGCUAAUCAACUAACCGAUAAAUUUGUCGGGAUCCUUGAACAGAUUUCCCAAGUGGUACUUAUAACUUUGGAAAAAUUCGAUGACUACAAUGUUGUUCGGGAAGCAUGCUCGUUUUGCUUGGUUAGAUUACUCAGCUUGCUCUCAAAAUUAGAUACAGAGCACAGCUCAAUGCUACAGGAUAUCUCAUCAAAGUACUUUACAAUCACAAUGAAUGGUUUUGAGAAAAGAAAAAUGCCUGAGGUUUCAAACUUUCUCAAUUUUGUGUCGCAAAUAUUUCAUUUCUGUGGCAAGAGCGAGCCAGUCUACGGUUUAUUAGCAUCACUAUUGGCCCCGCUAGUCCAUAAGGUGGUCGCAUUUAUUAAUCAAUCAACAGAGAACAUAGGAGAUGAUAUAACUAAGAGGGAUGUUUUAGAGCUUCAAAGAUCAUUUAUUUCCUUCCUAACAUCCGUGUCCAGUGAUAAUAUGGACUCAAUAUGGAUUGUGAAUGACACAAAUAAGCAUGCUCUUAUUGCAGUGAUCAAUUUGAUGCUCAGCUACAGUUGUAGCUAUUUAGAAAAUGAUAUUUCUCUUGUUAAAGCAGCUCUUACGGAACUAAUUGCAUUAAAUAAUAGCCUUGGAACCGGACAAGUUUGGCACAAAAACGAUACAUUCAAGAAUGAUAAUAAUGUAUUCGAAAAAGCGGAUGAGAUUUUAGUGGGUAACUCAUUCCUCGUGUGUAUUGAGCUCACAUUUAAAAUUAGGGACAAACAUGUAUUAAAGGAUGCACAAUUUAGAAACGGUGUUCUUUUAGAAGUUACACGGUUAAUGAGGACAAUAUCCUUUACUGGAAAUUAUGUUCCUGACGCAAAUACGUUAAGGCGGGAAAACGCAAAGACGAAAGGUGCCAACGAACAAACAAACGGAAAUGACAGCGUCUCUAUUCAGAAUGCAUCAACCUGCCAACAAAUGGCUAAUAUAUUAAUUAGCCAAGUGGGCUUCACACCUUCUGAUGCGGAAGAGUUCAUACAUAGGCUGUCUCAAGCUACGGAUAGAAACUUCACAAAAUAUAUGUUGAGUCUCAUAAAUUAA